AUGAGCGAUCACGAAACUGCUGGUAAUGGAGGAGUUGAUGACGAUUUGUCACUUCCCAAGGCAACUGUGCAGAAGCUCAUUGCCGAAAUGUUACCAUCCGAUAUUGUAUGUGCAAGGGAUACUCGCGACUUGUUAAUUGACUGCUGUGUUGAAUUUAUUCACCUGAUUGCAUCUGAAGCAAACGAAAUAUGCGAGAAAGAAACAAAAAAGACCAUAGCUGCCGAACAUGUACUCUCCGCUUUGAGGACACUAGGGUUCGAGAGCUAUCUGGACGAAGUUCAGGACGUUUACAAAGAACACAAGAAAAUGCAAAAGGACCGCGAAAGAAAAAGCUCUCGCCUAGAGAACUCCGGAAUGACCGAAGAGGAGCUUUUACGACAGCAAGAACUACUCUUUGAACAAUCACGGCAGAAGUAUCAAUCCAAAUUCGAGAUGUCAUUCAUUUCCAGCGUCUCUGCUAUGAAAUCACAGCAACCGAGCCGGAAACCGACUAUUAAAGGUCGCGCUAAUGUUCGCGGUGUACUUAAAAAGACAUCUACAGAGAGUCGUCAAGCCAAAAGAGUUAGAUUUGUCGGUAUUAACAAUGGAGAUACGGAAGACGAAGAAGAAACAAAAGAGAAGAGAAAAAAGCAUGUCAAAGAGCGAACUGAGACAUAUAAUGAAUCCGAGUACAAUCUUUCAACACGCAACGCACAGACCAACGUAAAGAAAUUAAAUCUUCAAGAUCUCGUUGGGACUAUACAAAAUGAAGCAGGCUUUACAGGAUUAAAGAAAUCAUUAUUAAUGUUCGAGAAUAGUGAUAAGAAAGGGGCUAUCAAAGGUCCACUAGCUGCUCCAUUACCAAAGCGAAUCAAGGACAGAUUGAAUAGAGAAGCCGCAUAUGAACAAACAAAGAAGGAUAUUUCAAAAUGGGAGACUAUAGUGAAAGAGAAUCGCAAAAAGGAGCACCUAGAAUUCCCAAUGAAUGCACAACCGUCUCAUCAGAUAUCUACUAGUCAAUUAGUUAGCUCGUUUAAGGCAACCACGCCAUUAGAGAAGCAAAUUGAAAAAGCACUUGUCGAAAGCGGUGUGGAGGAAAAAAAUCUUCAAAAAUAUGAAGAGCUUCAGUUAAAUAAAUUGUCCGUCGACGAAGUGCUAGCUCGUCAAAGAGAACUACGUCGCAUGCGCGAACUGGCGUUCCGUGCGGAAAUCAAAGCCAAACGCAUAGCCAAGAUAAAAAGCAAAGCCUACCGCAAAAUUCGAAAGAAAGAAAGAGAGAAAAAUCAAUUUCUUCUAGAACAAUUUACCGAGCCAGAUGAUGAUAUUACACAGCAAAAGAAACUCAAGCUAGAAACCGCUCGUGCCGAGGAACGGAUGACACUGAAACAUAAAAACAGCAGCAAGUGGGCUAAGCAAGCGUUAAAACACGGCCGGAAUAAUCAGGAAAGUCGUCAGGCAAUCGUAGAGCAGCUGCAGAGGCACGAGGCGUUAACACGUAAAAUUCAUGGAAUUGGUUCGGAGGAUGAGGAAAGUGAAGAUGAAUAUAGUGAUAUCGAAGAUGGUGAUGUUGAAGCAGUUAGGAAAAGAGCAUUAGAAGAGCUUGAACAGAUUGAGGAAGAUGUGAUCAGGGAGCCGGUCAAGGGUGUAUUUGCUAUGAAGUUUAUGACCGAGGCAGCUAAACGGCAAGAAGAACAAGCUAUGUCGGCACUAGAUGAUCUUAGGAGGAGUUUGGAGAAUGAAGAAAUUAGUGAUGUUGAUGGCGAUAAUGAUAAAAAGGAAGAAAAGCAAAAAUCGACAGUAAUAAAAGUUGGUGGUAAUCCAGGCAGAAUGAUAUUUAGAACAAACGUUGAGGGCGCGGAUCAAGCGAACGAUAAUUCGAUAAUAAAUAACGUCGUGGAAGAGGUGGACGUAUUCACCCAAAUCGACAAGUCUCAAGGAAAGAAUUUUGCACAGAUAAUAACAAGCUUCGAGUCGAUUGAGACAAAUUCCAAGUCUGAUAACGACGAAGCGGAAGAAGAAUCUAACCCUUGGCUACAGACAGACACGUCAAAAGUCGCUACCUCAAGUAAGAAGUCAAAUAAAGGUCUCGGUAAAGACUCCAACAAAUACGACAAGAUGGUGACUAAACUAAAAAGAAAGUCACGGGAGGAGAAAGAAGAAGACGUCGAGAUUGACAUGGACAAUGUGUUGACUAUGGAGCCACCAAAAGAGAAAGAGAAAGAUUCUGCAAAGAAAAAGAAGAAAAGAAAGAAAAGAAAGACAAAAAAGCAGCAAGGGAAUAAUCAAGAUACCCAAACUUCAGAGAAUGCUAAUGGCAAUAUAAACACGACCAACAUUGGUGAGGACGAAUCCAACGAAGAUGAUGAAAAGGAAGACGACGAAAAGGAAGAUGACGAUGGCAUUUCCAAGAGUUUGCAUAUUGUACAUGUGAAGAGUGCAACUGCCUUUACACAAAGGGAAUUAGUGGCUCGUGCCUUUGCAAAUGAUGACGUUGUCAAAGAAUUUGAGGCGGAUAAACUAGCUACUAUUGACGAAGAGGAACCGAAAGGGAAGAAUGUAACUUUACCCGGAUGGGGAACUUGGGGUGGUAAGGGGGUAAAACCAUCGAAAAAACCUCCAAUAAUCUUAAAACCACUUCCAGGCGAGGGUGUGCAGGCUUCAAAGCGUAAAGACGCCAAACUUAAACACGUCAUUAUAAAUGAGAAACGAGUCAAAAAGGCAACAAGAUAUUUAGCUACAAAAGUCCCAUAUCCGUUCGAAACGCGGGAACAGUACGAGGCCAGCUUACGAGCACCUAUCGGAAGGGAAUGGAACACUCAAGAAGUAUACCAAAAGAUGAUUAAACCGCGUGUGAUCACUAAAAUGGGUACAAUCAUUGAUCCUUUGACUGCAAAGUUUCGAGAUGAUGAUGGUGAUUCAGAUUGA